CAUAUCGGAACGCUUUAUGGAACGCCAUAGCCAAACAAUAUGGCGUCCGUAUCCCGUCGAUUUCAUAUUGUGUCGUGGAUUCCGAAACAAUAUUAGGAUGCUUCCAAGUUGAAAUCAACACCGGCUAGCCGAUAAUCAUUCGGAAAGAUGGACCCUGGAGAAGAAGUCACCAAACCAGGUUCAUCCCUCCUUGAAUCCAUGUUAACAUUGGACAGCACAGCCCAACUAUCAAGAGCAUCAUCGAUAAACACUGUGAAUCAAACUGCGAGCCAAGCUGCGAACCAAGCGCUGUCCAAAUUAUGGGGAAGCAAUGUAGUUUUGGCGGAGGAUACAUCCAGUGGGGCUUCCAAUGUCACCGUGAGACUCCCAAUCCACACUGUGUCAACAAGCUUUGGAGUCCUUGGCAGUGGUUCACUUAAUCUGAAGAAGAAUAAUGUUGUUGGGAGACCCAUGAAAACAGAUCUCAGUGGUGUAGGAAGAGUGUUGACGCAAAGAAAGAAUCCAAGUGUAAAGUUAAAACAUUUAAGCAACAGUGGAAUGACAUCAGUGUUUGGUGGAUCAGUGAAAGGCUUGAAAAAAGCUUUGGAAGAGGUGCCUGUAUUAUUACAAUCACCCACCAGAGAGACUGCCAGCACAGAGAUUCCUGGAGGCUCGCUGAUGCACUCUUCUGAUUCUGCGGUGGAUUUAGCAUCUGAUCCUGGAGCCAAUGGGUCAACCGGAGGAGGAGACAGUGAAGUGGAAUUGAUUGAAGAAACAUGGCCAGGCAAAGUGUGCGCGUUUUGCAAUUUGGGCGAACGCAGCCAGCUUGGACAAGGCGAAAUGCUUAGGCUGGAAGUGGGAUCGGAUUUUGAAAGUUUACGUCAGAGCACGUUACACAGCGAAGAGCGUCUCCAAUCGCUGGCUGCCAAUGCUGGAGCGGUCAACACCAAAACGUCGUCGGGUCCUGGCUCGGUUGGUAGUGGCCCUAGCAAUCAUGUGGCUGCAGCUGGGCAACCAUCCAGCAUUAAAAAACCGCGUCUAGCGUUGAAAGGUCGCCGAACGUCAUCGUUUGACGCGUCACAAUCGUUUCGUUCUGAACUGCAGGAAGAGUUGAACGCCGUGGGUUACACGGAGGAGCCGGAUUUGCUGGCCAUCGUCGAGCCUUGCGGCUACUUUUAUGCCCACCGGAUGUGCGCCAUUUGGUCGAAAGGCGUCAAAGUGGUCAACGACGAUGAAGCCAAUCCUGGGCAGAGUAUUGUGUCUGUUUGUUCCGGCAACAGCUGGCCUGAAGUGGCCGGAGCGGAUUCCGCUCUCAUUCGUGCUGCUUCUCUACGAUGCCAUUCGUGCGGCUCUUUCGGAGCUUCGCUUUCCUGUCAACACACGACAACUGGGGGUAGUGGCUGCCAAAAAUCUUUCCAUUUCCCCUGCGCCGUCAGCUGUGGGGCCUUUUUAAACGCUAAAACAAGAACAUUACAUUGCCCGGAUCAUGUGCAUCAAGGGUCGAUUGUUGCUGGACCCUCAGACGCAAACUGUGGCAUUUGCAGCUCGCGUUCCAACGUGGCCAAUCAGCUAUUUUGCGUCACUUGCGGCAAACACUACCACGGCUCAUGCGUUGGGCUUGCGGUAGGCCCAGGAGUGCGAACGGCUUGGCAGUGUAACGAGUGCAAGGUUUGCGUCACCUGCAGGACUCCGGCGACGCAACAAGGAACUGGAACUGAGGCGGUGACUGAUCGUACCAAAAUGCUCGUUUGUGACACCUGCGACAAGAAUUAUCAUCCGUCCUGCGUCCGGCCAUUGAUUUCCAACAUUCCGAAACUGGGCUGGAAAUGCAAAAACUGUCGCGUCUGUGGCGAUUGCGGAUCGAGAACACCCGGAUCGGGUCCUUCUUCCCGUUGGCACGCCUGUUUCACCGUCUGCGAUUCCUGCUACCAGCAGAGAAAUAAGGGCGUCUGUUGUCCAUUGUGCGGUAAGGCGUAUCGCCAUUCUCAGCGAGAGAUGAGCCAAUGUCAACGGUGUCGAAAAUACGUUCAUUCCGGAUGCGAUCCGGAAGCCGAUCGGGGGCUUGUCCAGCGCAAAAAAGACAUGCAUCCGGAUUACGAGUACCUCUGCCCCCCGUGCAAGGUGUCGUCUCCGAUACCGAAUCCGAAACCGAGUAUGGACAUGGAUGCCACAUCGUCAGAUGCCAAUCCUGGGUCUGUUGGUCAGGAUCAAUCGCAACAGCUGAUGCAGCAGCCUCCGUUGUUUGAUGUUGACGCACCCGGCACCCCCAUUUUCGUGGACGAAGUUUUGCAACAACAGCAAAUGCAAACGGAAGAGACGAAACCUUUAGCCAUUCGAGCUGGCCAGAAGGUCAUGGCGUCCCAGCAGCAGCAGCAGCAGCAGCAGCAGCAGCAACAAUCUGCUGGCAAAAUUGCGCGCAAACGAAUGGCGGGAACGACUUCGACCAGCGGAGGGGGUGGAGGAGCCGGUGGGCGGCCGAAGGGAUCGGGAAAAGCCUCGUCUUUCGGAGCUGCUGGAUCCGGCAGUGGGGGUAGCGCUGCCUAUAACCGGAAGGCCAACAAGAUGGCGGAUUUCGGACGGAAAAGAGGACCCAAACCAAAGAUGCGGGGCGUGUUCGGCGCCCCAGGAGUAGGGCUACAACGACCAGCGGAUGGGACGAGUAGCGCAAGUGGCAGUGCCGGUGGUGGCACCACUGGAACAGUCAACGUCUCGACGACGGUGGGAACUGGCGUCGAAGGAGAACCGUGUCUGGAAAACAAGUUGAUUCUCUGUUCGUCGACUGACAGUUUCGUGGUGGAACAAGAUGCCUGCGCCAUGUGCGGCUCUUUUGGCCUGGAUCAGGAAGGCCGUCUCAUUUCUUGCGCCCAGUGCGGCCAGUGCUAUCAUCCGUUCUGCGCCAACGUCAAGGUUACCAAAGUCAUUUUGCAAAAGGGAUGGCGUUGCCUGGACUGUACGGUUUGCGAGGGCUGUGGCGAACGACACGACGAGGCCCGUCUGUUGCUGUGCGACGAGUGUGACAUUUCCUACCACAUUUAUUGCAUGGAGCCACCGCUGGACUACGUUCCGCAGGGCAAUUGGAAGUGCAAAUGGUGCGCCGUCUGCCAAGUAUGCGGGUCCAACGAGCCGGGCGUCAACGCCAGUUGGACUCACCAGACGAACGGCUCGCUCUGCGGACCUUGCGCCUCCAUGCGCCAGUGCCCGUCGUGUUCCUCGUCGUACAAUGAAGGCGAGCUGAUUAUUCAGUGCCAGCAGUGCUCCCAAUGGCUCCACGCCGCCUGCGACCUGAUCCGCAACGAGCGAGAGGCGGAAUUCUGCGCAGAGGAUGGAUACACUUGCAUGUUGUGCCGUCCGGCCGAUCAGCAGCCGCCCCAUCUUCACCCCUCUAAUGCUUCCGCCGUCGCGUUGGCGUUGGCACCGCCUUCGUCGAUGCCAGCACAAGCCUCUUCUAGCCAGGCUGGCAGCCGACAACAUAGGCAAUCGUCGUCAGCCAGUCCGCCACCUAGUCCCGUUGCUGGCAUCCACGAAUCGGCCGGGUCGCUGCUGAAUGGGUCAUCCUCCAACAACAUCCGGCCCAAAUCGUCGGCUUCCGGCCAGUUUCUAGUCGACGGCGUAUCGUUGUCGGAGGGCGGAAUGAACCACUUGCGAUCGUUGCAGCUGGACCAGCCACGUCGCCGGUGUCGCAACAAGAAGUCGCUCGAAUCGGACGCCGCCGACGAGGUUCAGCCCGACGGUCCGGACGGACUCGACCCGCUCUUCAAGGACGGCACAGUCUUGACGCCGCGGGAGGAUGGACGGAUGCCCGACGUCCCCGACGGCUACGCCAUCGUGCACGGCGACAACGGGGCGCUGAUUUUGCGCAAGAAGCGCCAACGGAACCUGCAGAAACUGGGCAUUGGCGGGUUCCAAGUGCGCCGACCGUGGGCGCGCGUCAAAGACAAGGAGGAAGACGCCAUGGACAAUUACAACACGGCGGAGGUGACGUUGCAGCAGCUGAAAGAGGUGGGCGCGACGCCAUCGCAAACGCAGCCAACGACAGCGGCGCUCGUAGCGGCAGCCGUUGAUCUGGCAGCGGCCGAGGCGGCCAACAAACCCAAACGGAAGCCGCAAAGGCGAAAGGCCAAAAACAAGUUGGUCGAAACGUAUCCGGCCUAUCUACAGGAAGCCUUUUUCGGCCGCGAUCUCCUCCUCAAACCGACCAACGCAAGCAAUUGCAAUUCCUUCCUGAGUGACUCGCUGAUGUCGGCCAAUGAUUCGCAAACGGCCAGGGCCAGUGGCAGCGACUCUGAGCCAACAGAUGACGUCGCCAUUCCAGCUGUCAAAAACCCAUCCAUCAUUUACCUGUCGAAGGAAGAAGUGGCCGACUUGGAGAGGCGACCUACCCCGGUUGCCAUGGCCGGACUGGUGCCACAGCAGCCGGCGAACGCCGUCGCAACUGUCCAAUCAUCGCCGCAGAUGCACAGGCGGCCUUCCGAUGUUUUCCCGACCGUUCCAGCUGGGCGGCCGGUCCCUGCCAGCCAAGUCAACGUUGCCGUCAAACCUGAAGCGAACAACGACGAUCGGCUAGACGUGCCAGCCGAUCAUGACGAGGAAGAAGAAGAGGAAGCCCUCAAAGAUAUUUUACCUCUGGCCGGCGAUCUGCUGGCCGAUUCCGACGACCUGGUGGAUUCCAUCAUGAAGGAAACGGAUGUCGGAUGCAAUGUUGAUGACAGCGUCCAUUCCGAUCAUCAUCACGCGCUGGAAUUGGAAGAAGACUCGCCGAGACACGCCCAAGUGUCCAGUCAGCUGCAAGAAGCGCAUCAGAACGACGAGUUGUCCGACAUUUUGCUGAACGAUCACCUCAAUCUGGAGACGAUCGAAGUCGGCGGCUUGCCCAACAUGGACAGCAAGGAUGUCGAAGAUAUUUUCAAGGGAGUUUUGACGGACGAAUCGCAAGAAUCGCAAUCGGCAGACUUCUCUCAGAUGGCCCCAGUCCAGCAGCAGCAACAACAACAACAACAGCAGCAGCAACAGCCACAAGAACAACAUUCCAUGUCUGCGGGUCUCAAUUUAAAUAGCAGCAGCAGCACAGGUGCCCUGAUGCCUCCGGUUGGUAGCGGUGGCCCUGCGGCUCUAGUCAGAGCUUUGUCCCAGCAGCAUUCCCAGCAAGGGACGGCUUCGCCCAAUACCAACAUCCAAGCGCAACAGCAGCAGCCGCAGCCGCCGCCGCAGCAAGCGCAACUACCCCCGCCUUGCUCUCCCUACUUUUCCGAAUACAGUUCCAGUCCAGGGUUUAGUCCGGCCUUCUCUGAACCUCCGCCGAGCCCCUGGCCGUCUUCAUCGGGUGGUAAUGUAGGAGGUAUGGCUGGCGGCGAUCCUCAUGGAGGUUCCGCUGAUCUUCAAGACCGAGAUGGCGGCGGUCCUGGAGCCACGGCCAAUCAGAGGAAUGCACUCAAAUGGGAGGCGGACGAAGCGUUGGGCUUGUCUGCCACCAUUUCGGCCGUCCUUUUUGCCAACACCAAUCACCCAGAGUUGAAACGAGACUUUCCCGCUUGGACGGAGAGGUGGAAACAGAUCGCAAAAAUCUGGCGUUCCUUGCCGGCCGACAAGAAGGCGCCGUUCCUGCAAAAAGCGCGCGAAAACCGGGCUGCCGUCCGUCUCCAAAAGACGCACCACCAACAACAAACGCAGCAGGAAAUGGAGAAACCAGUGAUCGCCAGUCCUCGUCGUGGAGUUGUCGAAACGGAACAGGAGCGUCAAUGGAAACAGAGGCAGCAACAACAACAGCAACAGCGAUUGGUCAAUGGAGCUCAGAUUGUUGCUCUUGGCGGGCACGUCCCAGUCGCUACUGGUUCCAUGGCGAUACCAUCGGGCCAACCGGAAGCCAUCGCACACCACCAACAGCAGCAGCAGCAGCAGCAACAACAACAACAACAACCUGCUAUGUCCAAUCAGCAGCAAUUGGGAGGUAGUUUUGCCACCCCGAUUCAAGUGUCGCGCGUCCGAGCGCCCGGCGAACCCGUCAAUGUGCCCGCCGGUCAGGUGUUUAUGCUCCGCGGUCCGGCAAAUGCGUCACCGGUACACCAACAACAAUCGAUUGUGGCAGCUGUCGUGGCCGUCGCGCCAGAUGGAGCAGAAGUCGUUGACGCUUCGACUGCCGUCGCUGGCGGUGUCGAUCCAUCGAGGCCGCAACUUCGCGAUUUGCUUCAGCGUCAACAGUUGCAGCAACAGCCACAACAUCGUCCACAACCGGCGCACUUCAUCAAGUCGGAGAACAUCAAAAGAGAAGACGACGGCGUCAUUAUGAAUGCAGGCCCCGCGCAGCAGCAGCACUUUGCCAUGCAACAACAACAACAACAGCAACAGCAACAAAGGCCCCAAUUUCGUUAUCCGCUGCCUCCAGCUGCCGCCGGACCCAAUGGAGCCGCCUCCCAGGGGCCAGUCUUGCAACAACAGCAACAACCAAUGCAAGGAUCUCCCCGCAUGAUGUCGCCCCAGCAGCAGCACAUGCAAAUGCAAAUGCAAAUGCAGCAACAACAACAACAGCAGCAACAAGUCAGGCCACGGGGAUUCCAACCCGGUUCGGCCGAAUUCCGCCAACCGAUUCAAGUAGUCGCUCCAUCGCAACAGCAGCACCUUGUCCAGGCUCAUUUAGCCGAUCCCCGGAUGAGAAUGAUGCUGAUGCAGCAACAGCAUCAACAACAACAACAAAUGCAACGUCCUGUUGGUCCAGUUCACCAGCAACAACUUCAUCCGCAACAACAACAGCAAGAUAUGCAGCAACACGUACACGCGGGGGGCAUACGGCAAAUGUACCCAGGUGCUGUCAUGCAGCCACAACAACAACAGCCGAUGCAGUCCAGUCUCCAUCCAAUGGCGAUGCAGCAAGAACAACAACCUCAACACAUGCAGACCCAACCACAACAACAACAGCCGCUCAUGCAGCAGCAGCAACAGCAGCAACAGCAGCUGCCCAUGAAAGUCGAAAUGAUUCACGAAGAGGCACCGACGCCUUGCGCCGUGGCCGUCUUGGCCGCCACCGAGUCCCAGAAUCACAAUCUCCAUCAUCAUCAGCAACACGAUCCGGCUGACGACGACUUUGGUGAUCUCGGCCUGGGCUGCGUCGACGACGACGAGCUGCUCGGCCUGGGCAACGAUUUCAACAUUCUCGAAUACGCCGAUCCCGAACUGCACGACGCCAUGGACGACGUCAUGGGCGGAGGGGGAGGGCAAGACGAUCACGCAGGCCAUCGGUCCUCAUCCUCGGCUGCCAACGGUGGCGCUGGCAGCGACAGUCCCAGCGAUUUCAACAUUUUGGAGUACGCCGAUCCAGGUGAGUUGGACGCCACAUCGACGGCCGCAACUGGAGAUGAGGGGACCCCUAGUCAACGAGUGUCCAACGAGGAGCUGACGCCCGACGAGUUGUCUCGUCGCAAGAAGGAGGAGGAAGAGAAAGCGGCCAAAGUGGCGCAAGAUAUGAACGAGUUCCAGGCCAAACUGCUCGAACUGACGGAACAGAAGAAGCAACAGCAGUUGAAAGCGGAAGCCGAGCAACAGCAACACAAUGUCCAGCUUCAUCGACAUCACUUGCAAGGGCACGAGCCGAUCGGCCCUCCUGGGUCUGCAAUGCAGCAGCCGCCGCCGCCGCCGCAACAACAACCGUUCGCUGGUGUUUCUGGCUAUCCGCAACAAGCAGCUCAACCUCCGCCGCCCUAUCGUGGCCCGCCGCCUCCUUAUCCUGGGACUCCUAGAGCUCCGUCAAGCGCACAGCUGGGCUACGGUUGUGUGGUCCGUCCCGGUGUUGGUGUCGGUAAUGGCGGCGUUGUUGUCCAUGGUUGUUCUCCUAAUGGAAUGAGCAGUCCCGUCUAUUUGGUCUCACCUCCUCCUCCUCCACCACCACCACCAUCUCUUGCUCCACCUUCGCCAGCUCCUUCUCUUCCGACCGGCUUUCACCACCAUCAGCAACUGCAACAGCAGCAGCAACAACAACAACAACAAAGACGAUCUUUGCUCCUACAGCAGGAACAGCCCCUUUUGCUGGAAGAUUUGCUAGAACAGGAAAAGCGGGAAUUGCAGAGGCAGAACUUGCAACACCAACAACACCAACAACAACAACACCACCAACACCACCAUCAUCAGCAGCAGCACCAUCAGCAACAAUCGCCAGUAGGUGGCGGAAUGCCAUUUGGAACGGGAAUCGGUUCGGCUCCUAUCGGAUCCACCCCCGAGAAACCCUUCCUCUCCGAUACGGAUUUUGAGAAAUUGAAAGCCGAUGUGCUGGCCGGCGGUCCGUCCGUCUCGCUAUCGCCUCCAGCUUCCGUUCAUCCUCAUCUCAUGCAACAGCCGCAACAACAACAACAGCAGCAGCAGCACCACCACCAGCACCACCUGCACCACCAGCACCACCAGCACCAGCAGCACAUUCAUGUCCACCCGGGCCAAGUCCAGCACCCGCAACAUCAACAGCAACAAAUUUUCCAGCAUCCUCACGCUCCCAAUGUCGUUCAACACCAGCAGAUGCAACAACAACAACAACAACAAGCGAUGCAGAUGCACAGGCCGCAGGGCAAUUUCCAAUCGGUCCAUCCGCACAUGGUCAACCAGCAACAGCCGCCAUUUAUUCGUGCUGGUGGGCCGCCCAUUCAGCAACAACAGCAGCAACAACAACAGUGGCACGUGCAUCAGCAACGAUCGCCUGGUUCGGCCUCGAUCCCUCCAGCCGAUCCAGGACUUCAUCCGGCUCUCCUGCAGUCCCAAUCGAAUGCCUCUACGCCGACGGCCCGGCCUCCAUUGCCUCCUCCUCUGCUUGCGGCCAUGGCCGCUCCGUCGGAGAACGUUACCAACGAGGCGGAACGACAACAGCAACUGGCGUACGACCAGUGGCUUGUCCAGCAACAGCAUCUCAUCCGCCAACACCAAGUCUAUUACGAAACGGAAGUGAGCAAGCUGAGGAAACAGCGCAAGUCGCUCAACAGCCGGCAGAGGCAGUUGCGCAAAAACAACCAAGAACUGAACGACGCGGAUGCGGGUGAACUGGAGCGCAUCACAACCGAACAGCAAGGGCUGCAGAAGCAGCUGGAUCAGGUCCGCCGACAAGCCAGGCAGCACACGAUGCUUCUGCAAGACUUUCGCACCAAACAGCAGAAGCGGCAAGGUGUCGUCGGCGCAGCGGCAGCUGGUCAGCAAGGCCAGCAACAACUCCCUGCCCCACCGUCGCCUCUGGCCGUACCCGAGGCCUCGGCCAGUUUCGCCGCCUUUGGCCAGCCGCAGCAGCUGCACCUGCAGAUCCAGCAACAAGGCCAGCAGCAACAUGUGCAACAAGCCAGCCCGAGGGGUGCAGGAGGAGGAGCUAUGGUUGUUGGCGGGGGCAGAUCGGGUACUCCCCAAUCGCCUCAUCCGCUCCUCUCGCCCGUUGGCCACAUGGGCAUGACGGGUCCGUUGCGUCCGCCGAUGACCCCACAACACGUCCACCCUCAAAUUCAUGGUCAGAUGAUGCAGCAGCAGCAGCAGCAACCGGCCAACAACAACAACAACGUGAUGGUCAUGAUGAGUCCGCAACAGCAACAUCUUGGCGGACCGAAUGCUGCCUCGCCUCACCCUGCCCAGCAGCACCAGCAAAAUCAUCCGCACAUGGUGCAAGGAAUGCAACAGCCCGGCCAACAGAUGAUGAUGCAACCCAACCGCAACAUUGUUGUUGGCCAGCAAGCCCAGUUUCAACAAAUCCGGCAACAGCAACAACAACAGCAGCAGCAACAACAACAACAACAGCAGCAGCACCCUCAUGGCUCACCCAUGUGCCCAUCCAGUCCCCAAGUGGCAGGGUCGAGCAGUGGUGGGCCAGUUCAGAGUCCCCGGAUGAUCCACCAAGUGGCCAGUCCAGCGCAAAUGAUGACGACGCCUCAACCGUCGCCCAGUCCCCAGAUGCAAAUGCCUAGUAGGGUUGCCAGCCAGGGGCAGCAGCAGCAACAACAACAACAACAACAGCAGCAGCAGCAACGUCCAAUGCCGGCACCAUCGCCCUCACCGUCGUUGAUGAUGAGCCAUUCACCUCACGGGUCCAUAGGUGGCGGGGGCCCUAUGACGCCCGGUCCCAUGACACCCGGUGGAGCCGGGCAACAACAACAGCAACAACCUAGCCCUAUGCCUUCACCUCACACGGCGUCUGUUGGCAACGCCGGUCCAGUCAACCAACAAGUCCAAAUGCAAAUGUCUUCUUCGUCGCCUCGGGGCAUGGGCCAGCAGCAAGUUGGAACUCCUCUGUCUCAACACUCGGAGAACAACGACGUCGUGGCUCUCAACAGCCCGUUCAGUCCCGGGCCGAUGGCUUCGCCGCAGCCAGUGAGCGUGAUGGGACAGCCUGGACAUAAUCCUAAUGUCGUUGGUACUGGACAAGGUCCAGGUGGAAUGGUGAUGCGUUUGACCUCCCCUCAGUCGCACCCUCCCCGCUUACCUUCGCCGCAACAACAACAGCAACAGCAGCAGAUGCAAAAUGUGCAGCAGAACGUGGCAGGUGGAGGGGUUCGGAUGAUGGGCCAUCCAGGUCCAGUCGUCAUGAUUCGCCAGCCCAUUCAGCAACAGCAGCAAUAUGUUGAUCAGAUGAUGCAGCAACAACAUCAACAGAUGCAGCAACAAGGCGGACCUGGCCAAGUGAUGAUGCAGAGGCCUGCCGGCAAUAUGCAGCAACAACAACAGCAGCACAUGGUGAUGCAACAACCUGGCCAACAGCAACAAAUGGUGAAUCAGCAGCGUUUCGUUCGACCUGCUAAUGUUGUCCUCCAACAACAACAACAACAGGGCGGCCCAGUUCAGGUAUCGGGAGGCGAGCCGGUGAUGAUGAUCCGACAGCGUUUCCCCAUGGCGUCGGCACUGCAGCACCAGGCGGCCCAGAUUCAGCAACAACAACACGCGCCGAUGCAACCCAACAUGCAGGCCAUGCAGCAACAGCAGCCGAUGAAAGUCAAUCAACAACAGGCGCAAAUGCAAAUGCAGAGACAACAACAGUUGAUGCAGCAACAACAGUUUAGUAUGCAGCAACUGCAACAACAGCAACCACCUGCGCAGCAUCAGAUGCACCAACAAGCUGUCCAGGGCCAAUUGAACCACCAGCAACAGCAACAGCAACAACAACCACAACCACCACAGGGACAUUUCCAGCCACAGCAACAGACGUAUGGCAACAAUGCACAACCGAUGCAACAGCAGCAGUACAGCAUCCAACAGCAACAACAGCAACAACAACAGCAUCACCAGCCCAUGCAGCAGCAGGUUUACGGCGGAAACAACAGCAAUUACAAUCCGACUAUGAGACCUCGAGGCCCUGGAACUCCGGUCACCAUCCAGCAACAGCUGUCGGUUGAUUCGUCUGGCGGCAGCGUUGCCCCGUCUCCUCUUCCCAGUCCGGCACCUCAACCGCAACAGCAACAACCUGCGCCAGCGAAUCAGACAGGCGAUUCUUCUGAUCCGUCAGCCAGUGGAGGUGGAGGUGGAGGUGGAGGAAUUGGUUCCAUGAACGUAGCGCCUUGCUGGUUGGAAUUCGAUUCAUUUGGUUUCCCCAAAAUUGGUUUAAAAGGAGGUGGCACCGAUGGUCCCCUAUCUCCUCAUCCACUCGUCGUUGUUGUACCGGAAGCAGAAAAGACGCAACAGGCACCGGCAGUCAACAUGAAUUGCACAGGCACUCCGGCAGAAGGCGUUGAAAUACCUCCACUGAAUGAAGUUGAACAGCCAAUCGUUUCCGACACGCCAAUGGAUCCAUCGUCUUCCACCGCCGUUGCGAACGAAGCGAAUGUGGCCGCGUCGGCCACCGACCAGCUGAUCAAGUCGGAGCAACAGGCGCCGGGAGAGAUGCGGCCAGUAGGACAUUUGGCGGAGAGUGGGACGGGAGGGGCGUGCGUUCAAGAUCCAAUCAAGUCAGAGGAGAGGACGGACAGCAGCACGUCGUCAAAGUUGUCUGGGUCUAGUACAGGAUCGAACGUGGAAGGAUCUGCCGACCCUUUGAUAAAUGCGGUUCAAGUUGUCACUCUAACCCCACCGCUAGCUCCUCGUCGGGAUGAAACGGCCGAACUGAUUAGAGCAGCAGUUCCUUCAUCGCCUUUAGCCGCAUCAGAUAAUGUAGGGGCAGAGUCAUCCGUCGAAGCCGGCCCGAGUGCGGCAUCAGUGGCAGAUCCACUACUGCCCUGCAGUGUAGAUGUAAACGAAUCAAAGGCUGCCGUUGAGGACGUCAAUCGAAACGCGCACGCGCCGGAGGUAAAGCAGGAAUCAUCCAAAGCGACUCCGGUUGAAACUGCUGUCGUCGUGGUGGUUCCUCCGCCGAUAUCAACGCCGAUCGCGACGCCAUCUCCCGCCGUUGUUGCUACCGUAUCGGUUCCAGUAGCCGUGACGCUGGCCUCCAAAGUCUCACUGAAGACCCUCAUACCAAAGUCAUCGAGUUCGACGGGCGCGACGACGGUGACCACCGUCACCUUAUCAGCUGUUCCUAUCACGAACCCAUCCGCUUCCGGCGUCACUCAGUCGCAUCCUGUUGCGCCGACGAUGUCGAUGGCGUCCGUACCGAUGACGUCGGUGCGCACCGUUUCUGUUCCGACGUCUAUUCUAGUCCGAGCUCCCGUGGCCAAUCGUUUGUCAUCGCCUCUGAACGUCGGUCAACGUCCGCUGCCCACGUUGACGUUGAACCCAACGUCUGCGCCGCAUCACAACGCUCCCGUGCCUGUCCAUCAGCAGAAAGUCGCUCCUCAAGCGCAACAACAAACUCAGGUUGUCGUCAAACAGGAAAAGGGGGACGAGGAACAAGUUGCGGCACCUCCAUGCGAGUCUGCACCUGCCGAAGAAAGCAAUCCGCUUCUCGUCCAGCAACAACAACAGAACGCCUUAUUGAAGCAGUUGCUGCAAGGAUCUGCGGCUGCGGCGGCUGCAGCCGCGGCGGCCGCAACUUCGUCCGCCAUGACGUCGUCAUCUGCGUCGUCCAGCGUAUCUUCGACGACUAGCAAUGCGUCGACGACGACGACGUCGGCCAAUAGUUCAACAAAGCCGACCUCGUUGAUGGGUUUGCUGGCCAAACCGUUGACACCAAGCAAAGUGCCCGUCUCGUCGUCCAGUUCAGCGACCAAUUACGCGAUGGGCGCAUUAGGUGGCGGCGUUCCAGUCAGUUCGUCGCAGGGAACGACAGCACCGACAUCUUCGGCGUCGCGUUCGCUUUUCGGGGCGGCCACAUCCUUGGCCUCCCAGCUGGCUCAACCCAUCACACCAUCAUCGUUGGCUGUAGCUCAAAUUCCACCAUCUCAAAUGGCCCAGAUGGUUUCGCGCGUCCCUCAGCCGCCAACGCCCAGUCAACAUCAACAUCAGCAGCAGCCGAACCCAUCCCGGCCUGCUAGUCUGAUGGUCAGAGCCCCCGUCGUCGGCCAACAGCAGCAACAGCAACAGCAACAGCAACGACAGGUGGUUGUUGUGAAACAGGAAGUGGUGGUACUGGCAGAACAGGCGGCUCCAUCUGCAACCCCCGGAGUCAAAGUCGAACAAGAGGAAAGCGAACAUUCCAUGGAUUCCGUGACUGCCUUGUCUACAUCAGAGAUGCAAACGGAACAGCAACAGCCACCCGCCAACCGAUUGCAGACGACCAUCACCUCAUUAACAACAACAACAACAACAACAACAACGACGACGAUGACAACCACCGCGACGAGCGAGGAAAUCCGCAAAAUGAAGCGACGCCAAUAUCAACAGAAGCGGAGACAAAGCGUCGCUAAUAACAAACCAGAUUCCUCCGCCAAUGCGGCUGCAAUGAGCGUGUUGGGUGUCACGGUUCCGGCUGCCAACGCCCCGAGCAGCAAUUCAACAACCCCUGCAACUUUGGCAGCCGCAGCGGUGCCGGUGGCCGUCGCUGGUCAUUCGGCCAAUGCCAAUACGCCUGGAUCGGCUCCACUGACUCCAACCGGAUCGUCCAGCAGCGUCGCCGUCCCGUUGACGCCCAAUCCCUCGGCCAAGAAGAGGAGCCGCAAAGGCUCGAAAUACGAGGAGAUUGUCGAUUACGACGCAUUUAUCGAGUCGGUCAUGACCCAAAUCCGCACCGCUUUGCCGCCGCUGACCGUCCAAGAGCCUCAACUAGGACGAGGCUGCGUCUCUUCGACGGGGACGUCCGUCUUUGGCGCCGGUGACCUGACGCCCUUCGCCUCCAGGAUCCAAAGCCACGUGGGCAACAACAACUACUCGAGCGCAGCGGCCAAAAUCGAUCGCAACGGGCUGCUCAAAGGGUCGUACGGAUCGGCCUUGCUGCCUGGCGUUUCCGAUUAUUACAACACGCGUCCGUUUGGCGACAUUGAACCGGUAGCCGUAGCUCCUGCAGCCAACGUUGUCCCGCUGGCGCCAUCUGUUGCGAACAGCAGCAAUCAAAGAGGUUUCUACCAUCAGGAAUUCGCGUGGCCUCGUUGGGAUCCGUCGUCGCGUCACCCCGACGAUUAUCCAUCGCGAAACAGCCGCAGCAGUUCCAGUUGUUCCAUUUUGCUGGAAAGCGGCAACAACAACAACAACAACAACAACAACAACAACAGCAACGUCCUAGGUGGCAGAGGCGAUGGAGCCGACACGCCGGACACGGUGGUCAGCUCGUCGUCGCCCGAAUGUGUCAUGCCGGAACCGAUCGUCCGUUUUCCGGGCCUGCGGUUCAUCGAUUUGGCCAUGGAUUCGACAUCGGACAACAGGCAACAGAACUGCAAAAGUCCAGAAGACUCGUCCUCCAGGCGCAGUAGUUAUUGCAACUCACCCGAUAUCCCCAUCAUUGUCUGCGCCCCCGUGCCCAUCCGUCCGACGCCUCCAGCUCAAGUGGCGGCCCAACCACCCGUCCCAUCAGCUUCAGCUGCUCCACCUUCUGCGCCGUUGAAGAAGGAACUCAUUUGCCUGGACACUGAGAACCAACCGAGCAACAACAAUAGCAUCCAGUCGGGCAAGACGAGCAGUUUCGCUGCUUCGGCGUUUAGUCUGGCCGGUGGGUCCGGCCUUCCGCUGCGAGACAGCACCAACGUGACGGUGACGUUGACGUUGAAUGCGUCGGCAGCCGAAGAUGUCAACCAAGUCCUUUGCCGGCUAGCCGCUCUCUUGCGAGUACCCCCUCCCACCGAUUAUCGCAUCGUGGAACGACCCAAUGCCAGCGCCCCUGGUGGUGGUGGUGGUGGUGGUGGUGGAGGCGGAGGUCCGCCUGGCCCGUCGCAACGCCUUGGCCUCUAUCGUUUCAAAGGCAAAGACGGGAAGGAAGGAGCGCCGGUCGAUAUCCAAUCGAUUCUGAACGGAACUGCCAAAUUCUGCCGUCAUUGCGAUGUCGUCAUUUUGGGCAACAGCAACAAAAUCACCAAAAAGGCCCAGCUCUUCUCGGCCGGCCUUGACAGCAGCGCCGACCCCCAAAAAUUGACAACGACAACAACAACAACAACAACAACAACAAUUGCAGAUGCAAACGAUGCCGAUGGAGAAGAAGAAGAUUACCAUUUCUGCAGUUCGGCUUGUUUUGUUCAAUUCGCCGUGGCCCACAACGCCCGGCCGUCGGCCAUCGAAGCCAAAGAAGCCAACGCCGUCGUGGCGCACAUCAGUAGCAGCGGCCAAGGGCAAGUGCACGACUCUGGUGUGUCCAGUCACAGCCACACGGCGGCCAGCGCGGCUGCGGCGAGUGUGGUGGCGGCCGCCGCCGCUGCCGCCGCCGUCGUCGUCGUUCCAGUUCAAGCUCAAGCCGCCCAGCCUCUUGUUGCAGCCGUCGCUGUCACUCCCAAAUGGAAAGGCCUCCGUUAUCGCAGCUGGUCGCCCGGUUUCCAGCAGCAGCUGGCCAGGAAGCAGCAACAGCAGCAGCAGCAGCAGCCGGGCAGUCAGACGACGAAGAAGAUGACGGAGAAUGAGCUGACGGAGAUGCUGUACCGCGCAGCCAUUUGCAUCCGACCGGCGGCCGACAAGGCCACAGACAAACGCCAGUGCUUGUUCUGUUACGGCCAAGGUGACGGAGUCUCGGAUGGUCCCGCCCGCCUCAUCAAUUUCGACGUGGAUCGUUGGGUUCACUUGAACUGCGCCCUGUGGCACGAAGAAGUCUUCGAGAUGGUCAACGGCGCCUUGAUGAACGUGGACACGGCCCUGAAGCAGAGCCUCACUCAAACGUGCGUCCAUUGCGGCCGAAACGGCGCCAGCGUCAAAUGUUUCAAACUGCGUUGCUCGUCCGUCUUCCAUCUGGGAUGCGCCGUCAAGGAAGGCUGCGUCUUCCUCAAAAACAAGUCCGUCUACUGCUCGCAGCACUUGCCCAAGUGUUCCAGCACGAGCUCCACCUCGGUGGUCGACAUCAAGGAGGAGCAGUUGACGACCUUGUCCGUCUUUCGACGGGUCUACAUCAACCGCGACGAGAACCGACAGGUAGCGACUGUCAUGCAUAGCGGCGGAGUGGCCGGCCCGCUCAGUCAGCUGGACGCGGGCGAGCAGAGUUACCUGUUGCGCGUCGGAUCGUUGACGUUCCUGUCGGUCGGCCAGUUGUUGCCCCACCAGUUGGCCGCUUUCCAUUCACCCAAUUGCAUUUACCCCAUCGGAUAUCAGGUGGUGCGUUUCUAUUGGUCGCCCCGACAGAUACACAAGCGAUGCCGAUACCUUUGCUCCAUAGAGGACUGCGAAGGACGGCCGCAAUUCAACGUCGUUGUUCAAGAACCCGAUCGGCCCCAUCUGCCCGACCUUUUCUUCAAGGAUUGGACGUGUCAAGGCGUUUGGCAACAGAUUCUAGGCGCCAUUGAAGAAAUGCGACGACAGGAAGGUGUCGUCCGUCUUUUCCCUCAGUUCCUCAACGGCGAGGAUCUCUUUGGACUGACCGAGCCGGCCAUUGUCCGCGUGCUCGAGUCAUUGCCCGGCAUUGAAUCGUUAACGGAUUACAAUUUCAAAUACGGAAGGAACCCGUUGUUGGAACUGCCGUUGGCUGUCAAUCCGACUGGAUCUGCCCGUUCUGAGCCCAAACUGCGAACGCAUGUCAAACGAUUUCAUGCCCAACGAACGACGGGCACGUCGCGGUCAUCAAGCAAUACGUCAGCGUCAUCAUCCGGCGGCGGCGGCAGCGGCAGCUACUCCAACAGUUUGUCUAGCGGUUUGGUGAUGGUUGAUUUGCCCGGUCCCUACUCGAAGCAAUUUGUUCAUUCAAAGAGUUCACAGUACAAGAAGAUGAAACAAGAAUGGCGUCACAACAUCUACUUGGCCCGCUCCAAAAUCCAAGGGCUGGGCCUCUACGCCGCCCGGGACAUAGAAAAACACACGAUGGUGAUCGAAUACAUUGGCGAAAUGAUCCGUGCCGAAUUGGCCGAAUGCCGAGAGAAGAGAUACGAGGCGGCCAAUCGGGGCAUUUACAUGUUCAGAUUGGACGAGCAGCGGGUCAUCGACGCCACUCUUUGUGGCGGUUUGGCUCGCUACAUCAACCAUUCGUGCGGACCAAAUUGCGUCGCCGAGGCCGUCGAAGUCGAAAGGGAUUUGAGGAUCAUUAUCUUUGCCAGUCGCAGAAUAUCACGAGGCGAAGAGCUCUCGUACGACUACAAGUUUGACAUUGAAGACGACCACAAGAUUCCGUGCCUUUGCGGCGCCCCCAGUUGUCGCAAAUGGAUGAACUAAUCAACCAAAAUUUAAAAUGAUGGGACUGGCCUUGUUUUCAACAACAAAAAAAGUAUAAAUAUUUGUUUGUUUUUUUUUUUCACUUUGUAUUUAGUCUCGUGUGCAAUGGUAAUGUACAAAAAACUAUAUGGAAUUGCCUCUUUCUGUUUUAUGUUUGGGUGUGUGUCUGUGUGCCUCUGAAUGUCAUUUUGUGUGUGAAUGUGCAGCCAAUGCGAAAUUCUUUCAGCGUCCCAUUAAUUGUGUUGUACAUUUACGAAAGGCAUCGUUCGUUCGUGGCCUGGCGAAUGAAAGGCUGAAAAUGUUGAGAAUCCCGUGGGCCAUUGAUUCCCCCUCCUUUACAUGCCCCAAUUUCAUUGUUGUUUUCUUUCAUCCCCUUCAUUGUUUUCUGCAUUUUUGAUUGAUGAGUUCUGCCUUGACUUUUUCCUUGUCGGUCACAAGAAUGAUGAAAUGAUUCAUAGAGCAACUUGCAAUGAAAGUAAUCAAGUCGCCCAAUUAUAAUUUUGUUAUCUGUACGGAUUGUUUUUACACUUAUACACCUAUUCAAACCAAAAGGUAA